UUCGAUUUAAUUUGUUAGAUUUUCUAUGAUCACCUGUCUGUGAAUGAAAAAAGCGCUGUCGUGCGCUCAUAUCUCGGUGUAUACUAUAAUUGAUUUGUAAAAUAUUUGUGUGUAAAUAUGUUACCCUUAUACAUAUUAUUGAGAUGUAAUAUAAGGUCAUCAAAGGGAAUGUUAUUUCAAUGGAUAAAUAAUUCCACGAGAUUAUGCUCUUCGUCUUCAUCAUUUUCAUCUUCAUCGACUUCAGAUUCAUCAGACUCAUCUGAUUCUGAUUCUGAUACUGACAAAGCAAAACCAAAGACAACAGAUGUUAAAAGUACAAAUCCUACAGAUACAAUGUCGGAUAACAAAUAUGAUUUGAAAAGUUUUGUGGAUAAUAUGAUACAGGCGAGAAAACUACAGAAGAAAACCAUUGAAGUUGCUAUGCAGCCUAAAAAGAAAGCUAAAUUAAAAAAUGACAAACGAGUACCUUUUGAAAAACAAGUGGUGGAUGCAGCAAAAGAUGUGGCUGAGAAACUUGGUGGGGAUAAAACAAAGACAACAUCGGAUUUGCUUGAGAAAGUACUUAAAUCUAGAGUAAAAGCAUUAAAAGAAGAACAAACAAGGAUUGAAAUAGAGGAGAACGCUAAAUUUAAACAAUCAAAACACAAUGUUCAAGAACAAGAAAUUUCCCAAGAUAAACAUUCAGAAAAAAAAUCUAUAAUACAAACUCUGCUGGACGAAUAUAAUAAGCGACCGAAAAUAGUUGAAGAUAGUAUAUCAAGAAAGUUAUUAAACAGUGCUAAAGUAUCUAAAAAUCAGUUACAAGAUAAAGAAAAAUUACAUGGCAGUAAGCGUAGAGAUAUCAAUCUGUGGAAUGGAGAGCCUAGUCCUAUUUUCGAGAACAUGAGAAGUGAAUCGCCAAACAUGCUGGAAUUGAAAACAUGGGCGACAUUGGAACAGAAAGAAUUAAAAGCAAUGACGACGUAUCCACCAGCCAAUGUUUUUCAAGAACUGAUUCUUUGGACAGAGCAAGGAAAAUUAUGGAAAUUCCCUAUUGACAAUGAACAAGGAAUUGAAGAAGAGCAAAGUGUUCAUUUUUCUGAACAUGUCUUUAUGGAACGUCAUCUGAAGGGAUGGUGUCCUAAGUCAGGACCGAUACGUCAUUUCAUGGAAUUGGUGUGUGUUGGACUUUCCAAGAAUCCAUACAUGACAGUUCAAGAAAAAGUCCAACAUAUUAUGUGGUACAAAGAAUACUUCAAAUCUAAACAAGACCUGUUGCAAGAAAUAGGCGCAAUACAGGAGCCAUUUCCUGACAAAAUAAAAGAAAUAACGGAAUAAAUUGUAAAAAAAGUAAAUAAACAUACAGAUUAGUGUACUUAAUUUUGAAAUAUUAUUAUUAUUAAAUAAGUUCUUUUAUGGACUCGGUUAGGUGGUGUGAGAACAUGUGAGAACGAAUAGUCGUGUGGCGGCGAUAGUGCGUGUAUAGGACAGAAUUAAGUAGAUAUUUAGAGAUUUAGGAUGAAAAAAUAAAAGGGAGUGGGAAGAGAGGAAAGUUGCUGGGGAAUUGAAGGGAACGCGAUAGAAACAAGAAGACAGGAUAAAAGACGGAUAGAAAGAUCGCGACUAAGGAGGUUAGGAUGCAUAGACGAGCGCGGAAAAAUCUAUAGAUAAGAGCGAGAAGAAAAAGAGGUAAAGGGGGACAGAAAAGAGCUGAAGAAUGCGAUUGAGAGAGAAUUAAGUAAGGUAGAAAGGUAAAUUAAAGAAAACGGAAAAGAAAAAUAGAAUAAGGUUAGAGAAUAUAGAAGUAAGCAAGAGAUAGGUUAUGUUCAUAGUUUUAGAGAGAUAAUCAAGCGAGAAAAAGAACGAGAAUAUACAUAUGUAGAUAAGUAAAAAACAGAGGUAUUAUAGUAUAGAUAUGUAAGAUAGGCAGAAUAUAUAUUAGUAAAUGAAACUGUAUAAGAGUAAGGAUUUUAAAGUAGAGAAAAGAAUGGACGCAGAUCGCAGCCCCUGAGCGAUGAGAUUGAAAAGCAGAAAGAAGAGGAGGAAAGGACUGCAAAAAGAAGAUCAAGAAUAGGAGAGGAUAACGAAGCAAAACGCAUACGCAAGAGAAAAAGGUGGAAAAGGUAAAUGGAGAUCUUGAGUAACGAGGCAACAGAAUUCUGGAAGAAUAUUAUAGGAGACGAUCCAGAAAACAACAAUAUAGAUAGGCGUAGAUAAAAGAAAAGGAACGGAUCAUAAGAUCUGGUAAAGUAAAAUAAAGACUGUACAAAUGAGAAGAAAAGUAUAAAGGAUUUUAAAGAGGUGAAAAGAAACAGUUACGACAGGAUCAUUUGGAGAAGAAGAGUAAACUAAAGGACUUUCUGAAUCAAAAGCAAGACAAAGGAAA